UUGAAGUUUUAACGAUGGCAGGCGCAUUUGGAGGUGAUCUUUUCUCAGUUUUCGACGAUAAUGCUGACGAUAAAAAGUCAAAAAAGCAGAAGGGGCACACACAAGAGUCUUCUGAUGGACGAGAAUUAAGUUCGGUCGGAGAUCAAGAAAGGAAACGCCCCCAGUCAGAAGAUCAUGAAGUUCCCGACUAUUCCACAGGAAAGAAGCCCAAGCUGGCUCUAACAGCUGAUGAACUCAAUCUGGCGGAGAUCUUACCCCAAGUCCGUAGUAUGACAGUGGAAUCCCCUGACGGAUGCAAUCAUGAGGUUGCCAUACCACACGAUGAGGAAUACAUCCCGCUCAAACCAACAGGAAACAAGGCUGCUAAGGAGUAUCCAUUUAUCCUGGAUCCUUUUCAACGAGAAGCUUUAAAAUGUCUGGAGAACCAACAGUCGGUCCUUGUCUCAGCUCAUACAUCGGCGGGAAAAACCGUCGUAGCUGAAUACGCUAUUGCAAUGUCUUUGCGGGAUAAACAGAGAGUCAUCUACACUACACCGAUCAAAGCUCUGAGUAACCAGAAAUAUCGUGAGUUAUACGAGGAGUUUCAAGAUGUCGGCUUGAUGACGGGAGAUGUGACGAUAAACCCCACUGCUAGUUGCCUCAUCAUGACAACAGAGAUUCUGAGGAGUAUGUUGUAUCGAGGCUCAGAGAUCAUGAGGGAGGUGGCUUGGGUUGUAUUUGAUGAAAUACACUACAUGAGAGACAAAAACAGAGGAGUGGUAUGGGAAGAGACUAUUAUACUUCUCCCCGACAACGUUCACUAUGUUUUCCUGUCCGCUACAAUACCCAAUGCCAGGCAAUUUGCUGAGUGGAUAUGUCAUCUUCAUAAACAGCCAUGCCAUGUCGUCUACACAGAGUACAGACCGGUACCCUUGCAGCAUUACAUCUUUCCUUCUGGCGGUGAUGGUCUCCACUUAGUCGUUGAUGAAAAGGGAGAAUUUCGGCAAGAUAACUUCAACUCAGCGAUGUCUGUCUUGAGAGACGCUGGUGAUGCGGCCAAGGGAGAUGCAAUGAACAAAGGACGGAAAGGAGGAACAAAAGGUCCCUCCAACAUCUUCAAGAUUGUGAAGAUGAUCAUGGAACGCAUGUUCCAGCCCGUCAUCGUCUUCAGCUUCAGUAAGAAGGAAUGCGAGGCGUACGCCAUGCAGAUGUCCAAGCUAGACUUCAAUAGCACGCAGGAAGAGAAGAAACUUGUCACGGAGGUCUUCAAUAAUGCCAUCGACUGCCUGUCGGACGAGGACAAGAAAUUACCACAGGUUGAAAAUGUUCUGCCUCUGCUGAAGCGAGGGAUUGGUAUCCAUCAUUCCGGUCUCCUUCCCAUCUUGAAGGAGACUAUCGAGAUUCUAUUCGGUGAGGGGCUGAUCAAGGCGCUGUUUGCUACCGAGACGUUUGCCAUGGGACUUAACAUGCCGGCUAGAACAGUCGUCUUUACAAACGCUCGCAAGUUUGACGGCAAAGGAUUCAGAUGGCUCUCGUCCGGUGAGUACAUCCAGAUGAGUGGGCGUGCCGGUAGGCGUGGCUUGGAUGACAAAGGCAUUGUCAUCUUAAUGAUAGAUGAAAAGAUGAGUCCUGGAGUAGGCAAGACCAUCCUUCAGGGUCUUCCAGAUCCAUUGAACAGUGCAUUCCAUCUGACCUACAACAUGGUGCUGAACCUCCUCAGGGUUGAAGGCAUCAACCCAGAGUACAUGCUGGAGAAGUCAUUUUACCAAUUCCAGAACUAUGCUGUUAUACCAGAGCUAUUUGACAAGUUAAAAAGACUGGAAGAUGAGUACAACAAGACGGACAUACCACAGGAGGAGAGCGUGGAGGCGUACUACAAGAUCAGACAACAGCUCAACAAGCUUGGCCGAGAGAUUCAAUCAUUCAUCACCAAACCCAAGUACUGCUUGCCGUUUCUACAACCUGGUAGACUUGUGCAGGUGAAGAACGAAGAUGAUGAUUUUGGAUGGGGUGUCGUCAUCAACUUCCGUAAGAAGGCCAAUCAGAAGAUGAGUAGCCCAAAAGAUGACUCUCUGGUCUACAUCGCUGAGAUUCUCUUAAAUUGCUCAAAGGAGAGUGUCAAGAACUCCGUGACGGAUUCGGCCAAACCACCCAAGGAAGGAGAGAAGGGAGAAAUGGCUGUCGUUCCUGUUCUGUUGAACUUAAUCACACAUCUGAGUAGUGUCCGGUUGUACUUACCCAAAGAUCUCCGUCCGAUAGAUAACAGACAGAGUGUCGGCAAAUCGAUACAGGAGGUACAGAGAAGAUUUCCAGACAGUCUUCCCCUGUUGGAUCCAACCGAAGACAUGGGCAUCAAGGAUGAAGUUUUAAAGAGGGUCGUUGAGAAAGUUGAAGCCUUCGAGGAGAGAAUGUACAGCCAUCCGUUGCAUAAGAGUCCAGAACUGUCUCGUUUGUACGGCCUGUAUGAAGAGAAAGCAAAGAUUGCUUCGGAGGUGAAGGCUGCUAAGCGAGAACUGAAACGUGCUAAGACAGUUAUCCAGCUGGAGGAGUUGAAGUGUAGAAAGAGAGUUAUAAGGAGACUGGGGUAUGCCACAGUGGCAGAUGUCAUCGAGAUGAAAGGACGAGUUGCUUGUGAGAUUAGCAGCGGGGACGAGUUGUUACUCACUGAGCUCAUCUUCAACGGCGUCUUUAAUAGCCUGAAACCAGAGCAGAUCGUUGCACUACUUAGCUGCUUUGUAUUCGAGGAGAAAUCUAAGAACACGCCCAGGCUAUCGGAGCAGCUAUCGGGUCCCCUCAGACAGAUGCAGGAUUCUGCUCGUAGAAUCGCAAAGGUGAGCGUCGAGGCAAAGCUACAAGUAGAGGAAGAGGAUUACGUAGAGUCCUUCAAACCUCAAAUGAUGGACGUCGUCUUUGCCUGGGCUAACGGCUCAACGUUUGCUGAGAUCUGCAAGAUGACCGACGUGUUUGAAGGAAGUAUAAUCCGCUGCAUGAGGAGACUAGAGGAGCUGAUGAGAGAAAUGUGCCACGCAGCCAAAGCAAUAGGAAACACGGAAUUGGAAAACAAGUUUGCCAGAGGUAUUGUGAAGAUCAAGAGAGACAUUGUAUUUGCUGCUAGUCUUUAUCUGUAAACAACACUCUGCAGAUAUAAUGUUGAAUUUUUAGCAUGUUGACCAACAAACUUUGGUACACCAUAAUCCUUGACCAGCAGCCGAUUUCACCAACUGCGUAAGUCCACUUGCGCAACAUGUAUGGCGUAAGUUGCGCCAUAAGCCAUAAAGUUUUGUGAAAUCGGCUGCUGGCUCCAUAUAUUACUCAUUGUCUCUGGCUGUAUCCCAAUCGCUGGCUACAGCUGCGACUUUUGCUAAGGCUAAAUACGUGCAUAUUUCAACGCAUGAUGACGCAGCAAUCCACUAGUAGCCAUAGCCCCAAACUGUCGGACAUAGGACAUGGCCGGAAUGUUCCGAGAGCACACGAAAAGUUCUGAACCGCUGUAGAGGUUAGUUUUUAGUGCCUUCCCUAAUCUAAGGCUGGUCCAAAUACAGCGAAUUCGGCUGCAGCUAUGUGCGUUGGCUGCGAUGACACCAUGGAAAAAUAGGAAUUGUUUAUGUUCCUGCAUGUGAGAGUUGAUUGUAAUGAUUUACCAGCUUUUUAAGUUAUGAUAUUAUUUAAAACAUUUCAUUUUACUGUGUCAGUCAAAUUGUAUGUUAUAAACACUUUUAUUCCUAAAGGUAAAAGCGUUUUAAAAUUCUGGUUUUUUUUUAAAAAGGGUUUCAUUUUUACGAAGGCUAUAGGUCAAGGCAUUGUUUGUUUGUUUGUUUGUUGUUUGACGAUUUACCCAACAUGGAACUCGGGCAAAGCUACCACAAAGGGGUAUAUUCGCUAAGCUAGUAACAGCCAGUCUCUUUCAGACAAACAUUAGUGAUUAUUAUUUGCAAAUUAUAUGGCAAUUCAGUAAAUAGAUGGCAAUACUUAUUCUAGUAACUGUGAACUCAGCGGUUAGCUUGGUCAGAUUCGAACCCAAGACCUUGCGAUUGCAAG